AUUUUUGGCCCGGAGUCUACCCAAAUGGAAGUCUACGAGGGCGUUCUUGCCCCCCUCAUGGGGCAAGUCCUUGAUGGUUACAAUUGCACAGUUUUUGCUUAUGGUCAAACAGGAAGUGGAAAGACGUUUACGAUGGAAGGACGUCAUGAUUCCUCUGAAGACUUCGCAUGGAACACUGAUCCAACAGCAGGAAUUAUUCCACGCGCACUUGAUCAAAUUUUUUCUGUACUUGGCGAGGAUAUUGACUACACUGUGCGCGUCUCUUAUAUUGAGCUUUACAAUGAACAAAUUUUUGAUUUGCUGAAUCGGACUGAAUCACAAUUAGAAUCAUUGAGAAUUUUUGAUGAUAAAACAAAGGGAGUAUCAAUUGCUGGUGCUGAAGAGGUCAUUGUCCGCUCACCAAAGGAAGUUCACGAAUUGCUUAGACGUGGAGCUGAGAAGCGUCGUACAGCCACAACCCUUAUGAACAUGACAUCUAGCCGUUCUCAUUCUGUCUUCACUGUUUCUGUUAUGAUUCGAGAGCCCGGCCUGGUAAAUGGCGAAGAAUUGCUUCGACAAGGAAAGCUUAAUUUGGUCGAUCUUGCUGGUUCUGAAAAUAUUGGGCGCUCUGGCGCGACAGAUAUUCGAGCUAGAGAAGCGGGAAACAUCAACACAAGCCUGUUGGCACUCGGACGUGUGAUAAAUGCAUUGACUAUGGGUGCUUCACACAUUCCUUAUCGCGAAAGCAAACUGACACGUAUUUUACAAGAUUCUUUGGGUGGCAAAACAAUUACUACAAUCAUUGCAACAAUAUCUCCAGCUUCGUCAAACUUUGAGGAAUCUGUCAACACUUUGGAUUAUGCUCAAAGAGCUAAGAACAUCAAGAACAAUCCAGAAGUCAACCAACGAAUCACGCGACGUGGCCUUCUAAAAGAAUACAACGAUGAAAUAGAUCGCCUCCGUCGUGAUCUUCUCGCUGCUAGGGAGAAACAUGGAAUUUAUUUGGAUAAGGAGAAUUAUGAUGAAAUGAUUGAGUCAAUCGAUGAGAAAAAGGCAAAGGUGGAAGAAUUGGAGACGCAACUUGAGGGCAAGUUGCGCCAAGUUCAAAUUUUGCUUGAGGACUUUGCUGUCAUGGAUCAACAUUACAAGUCAAUUUAUGAAAAAUUUCGCUCAGCAUUAGCUAAAUUGGAAAGCAGAAAGGAAGAAAUUGAAGAAUUAAGCCUGGUAAUUAUUUUUAAAGUCCAAUAA